AUGCCGUCGUCAUCCUCUGCACGUUCGGCCCUAACUAACCAUAAACGAACUUUGCAUGAAAAGCAAAAUAAAGGCAACGGCCAGGAGAUGAAUCUUCCGUCUUUGUCGUUUUUACCAGUUUUGUGGAACAUUGUAUUUUCUCAACGUGACAAGCGAUACCACAAUUCAUUCAUCGGGAUACUUACUUUAAAUUUAUUCACUGGACUCUCUACGCUAUUUCCAAACAAGAAAGUUGCCUGUACGAACAUAUUUAGAUAUAAAUUAUUUUUUUUCUUACAUCCGGAAUGUGCGAAGGAAGUGUUAAGAAGCAACAGUUUAAUCAAUAAGGAUUCUAGUUACGAUUUUUUCAAGCCACUUCUCGGAGAUAACAGUUUUCUGUACAGUUCUGACGAUAACUGGAGAAGAAGAAGAAAAUAUUCAGCUCCACUUUUUCAUCUUUGGAAUUUGAAAAAUGAUCAAAGUGUAUUUAUGGAGCAUUCAAACGUCUUAGUGGAAAAACUCAAACAAUUGCAGAAGAAUGAAAUAUUCGAUAUUCUGGAAUGGAUGAAAUAUUGCACUCUCGAUAUAAUUGCAGACAUAGCAGUAGGAGUUUCUCUACAUUCUCAGACUACGAACGAUCAAGAAUAUCUGUCUGCAUUAAACAGGUAUGAAAAAUUUUUUUUGAAAUGUUCGUGUUAA